AUGAAGUGGGCUAUAGAGCUAAGCCAAUAUGACCUCCUCUACCGGCCAAAAACUGCAAUAAAAGCCAAGGCUUUAGCAGACUUCGUCGUAGAAUUCACCCCGUCAGCCGAAAAGGAGAAGUUGGUCAACAAAAGUUCAAAAGCAGACGGGACCUCCGCAGAACCUAGCCAACCCAGAGACAUGUGGCAGUUGCGCGUAGACGGAGCGUCGAACCAAAAAGGAGCCGGAGCAGGGGUCGUCAUCACCACUCCAGAUGGAACCCUGUUGGAGCAAGCUAUUACGCUUGGCUUCCCGGCCUCGAACAAUGAGGCAGAAUACGAGUCAUUGCUCGCCGGCCUACGCUUGGCAAAAGAGCUCGCAAUCAAAAAGCUAGCCAUCUACUCAGACUCACAAUUGAUCACGAAUCAAGCCUCAGGUGAAUACAUGGCAAAGCACCCAAGGAUGAUCUUGUACCUUGACAAAGUCAAAGAGCUGUUGAAGGCAUUUCCCACCUUCACCAUCCAACAAGUGCCCCGGGCAGAGAACGCUCAUGCAGACGCACUGGCAAGCCUAGGAUCAGCGCUGGAUACCCAGUUCAGACGCUCCAUCCCGGUCGAACACCUUGAUCGACCAAGCAUUGAAGAAAUAGAGCUAAUUGAUACCAUGCAGAUUGACGAGGACCCCAGUUGGCAAGACCCCAUCAUCGACUAUUUGACGAAUGGAAACCUGCCAACGGAGAAGUCCGAAGCUAAAAAGGUCCAGCAGAAGGCCGCGAGAUACUACAUGCACGGCAACAAGCUCAUCUGCAGAUCAUACUCCGGCCCUCAUCUCACCUGCAUAAAGUACCCUCAAACACUUGAGGUUCUCUACAAAAUUCACGACGGCGAGUGUGGCAACCACUCUGGGGGCAGGUCGCUCGCCCAGAAAGCUCUAAACAUAGGCUACUUCUGGCCUACCAUGGGUCACGACUCCGCUGAAUAUGUCAAGAAGUGUGAUCGCUGUCAGCGAUACAAGCCAAUCCCUAACCUGCCUGCCGAAGUCUAUCAUCCGCAAAACAGUCCAUGGCCGUUUAUGCAAUGGGCCAUCGACCUAUCGCUGGUUACCGACAAUGGCUCACAGUUCAUUGACAAGCAGAUCACCGCAUUUUUUGCAAAAUACAAGAUCAAGCAGCACUUGUCCACCCCGAGGUAUCCACAAGGAAAUGGACAAGCCGAGGCAUCUAACAAAGUCAUAUUAGACUGCUUGAAGAAAAGGCUGGAAGGCGCAGAAGGAAAAUGGGUGGAUGAACUCCCCGGAGUACUAUGGGCUUAUCGCACCACCAAACGAAGAUCGACUGGUGAAACCCCAUUCUCCCUCGCCUAUGGAACGGAAACGAUCAUACCACCUCACAUCACUGUCCCCUCCAUAAGCUUGGAAGUGGGCAGUGUUGAUCAGAACUCCGAGCAGAUGAGGCUCAACCUCGACUUACUUGAAGGCGAACGUGAGAAGACCAUUACCCAGGUCGCCUCCUAUCAGCAGCAGUUGAAGUCUUACCACGACAAAAGAGCUAAGGUCAGACAGUUUCAACCAGGCGACCUCGUGCUAAGAAAGGCUUUCAUCACUGCACCGAGGCAAGGGUCAAAAAAGAUGAAUCCUAACUGGGAUGGUCCUUACAUGAUCAGCCGGUCUGGGGGCAGAGGAAGCUACACACUCGACACUAUGGAGGGGAAUGAAAUACCACGACAAUGGAAUGUUCACCAUUUUCGAAAGUAUUAUCCGUAG